UGGCUCCUAAGAAUUUUACUCACUCGCCUUAUCCCACUUCGCCGGGUUCCGGAUCCCCUCCUCCGAGGGCUUCGCGUCGGCGGCGUCCUGGUCGCCGACGAGCGUCUUGAUCUUGCGCAUCGCUUCAUCCGCCGCGGCCUUGUUCGUCUUCGCGGCCUCGGCGCGCCUGCGACGACGUCUGCUCGAUGGCGUGGUGGAACGGGUCUCUCACCGCUCGGACUCACUGGUUGUUUCACACUGGCGCGCGCUCGUAGCGGAUGCGCUCGCCCGCCGACAUUUUACUCAGCUUCUCCUCGAGCGCGGCGUCGGCCUCCUUCUUGGCUUGCUUGGCCUCCUCGUUCUCGACCACCGCGCCGAGCAGGCCUUUCAAGUCGUCGUCGGCGAAAGCUGGGAGCGCAAUCGGCGCGAGCACUACGCUGCGCAGCACCUGUUGCCUGGUGAUAUGCAGGGCCUGGGCUGCAGACACGAGCAGCAGCGCGCACAGCCGGAGAGCAGCCAUCUGAUCUGCAGUCUGUGGUGGCUGUAGGAUGAGCUGCAGCGAACAGCGAGUCGCGGGCAAGUGAGAGGAUGUAUGGCUCCUUCGCAAACGCGCCACAACGACGUGUAUCGAGCAAUAUUAGCUCAGCUUGCUAAUUGUUAAGAUCUCAG